AAUGUCUAAGUACAAAAAGAAGCACGAGGAUAGGCCCAGAAGGGCUACAAGUAACAUCUUUGCGAUGCUAUCGGAGCGUCAGAGAAAUGAUCUUAUGGAUGCUUUUAAACUGAUUGAUCACCAUAAAGAUGAUGUCAUAGAUGAAUUGGAUCUAGAAUUUAUGUUGAAGUCUAUAGGAAAGUCUGAUGCCAAGGAAGUAGCUGCAGAAAUGAUGAAAGAAGUUCCAGGAGGAGGACCUAUAAAUAGGAUUGUUUUUUUAACAUUGUUUGGUGAAAGGCUGAAAGAUGUUGAUCCCGAAGAGGUCAUUUUAAAUGCCUUUCAAUGCUUAGAUGAAGACAAUACAGGCGAAAUUUCUACUGAAAGGCUUCAUCAAUUAAUGACGACUCAAGGGGAUAGAUGGAAAAAUGAAAAUGUGGAAGAAUUAUUUAGUAAAGCUCCUAUACAGUCUCAGCAAUUUCAGUAUAAAAAAUUUGUUCAAGAGUUGAAGUAUGGAAAAAAAGAGUCUGACGAUGAAACAUAA